GUGGGGUGGGGGGGGGAGGGUAGACUUCGGCGUUCGGGUUGGAGGCGGGGCAAACGUUUCUUGACUGCCCCGCCUACUUACCUUUUGACUUUUUGGGGACUUAGCGGCUUUUUCACGCCUUGCCGGAAGUUCUCGCUACAUUUCCGGCAGAGCCUUUAAAUUCCGGCCUUCGCGACCUGCAUAGUUCUUCCUGGAGUGUUCUCUGUAUGUUUUUGGCUACGGUGGGCGGCUGGGCCAGCAUGCGGAGCGGGUUUCUGCGCAGUGCCCGGCGCCUGUGGGCCCGCCGCGCCAUCAGCCGCAUGCCACCGCCUUCCGAGGAGCUCCUCGCCCGCGGCGGGCCCCUGCGAGCCUUCCUGGAGCGCCGCGUGGGCUCGGAGGCCGGCGGUCUGGACGCUGGGAGUCCCCAGCUUGCCGCGGCGGCCCGGCUGCUGAACGAGAAGGAGCGGGAGCUACGGGACACUGAAUCCUUGCUGCACGGUGGCCUCAGACAUGCAUCAGCCAGCAUCGGAGGUCCAGAAGCCUACAGACACAUGAAAUUUGAAGGAGGAGUACAUAGAGUACAGAGAGUACCAAAGACAGAGAGGCAAGGCCGCAUCCACACCAGCACCAUGACGGUGGCAAUUCUGCCCCAGCCUACUGAGAUUAAACUGGUGAUUAACCCUAAAGAUUUGAGAAUUGAUACGAAGAGAGCAAGUGGAGCUGGAGGUCAGCACGUAAAUACCACAGACAGUGCUGUUCGGAUAGUUCAUCUUCCCACAGGUAUUAUUUCUGAAUGCCAGCAAGAAAGAUCUCAGCUGAAGAACAGGGAGCUGGCUAUGAAAAAGUUACGUGCAAGGUUAUACAGCAUGCGUCUAGAGGAAGAAACUGCUAAAAGAUACAGCGCUCGAAAGAUCCAGGUUGGAACUAAAGGAAGAUCAGAGAAAAUAAGAACAUACAACUUUCCACAAAAUAGGGUCACAGAUCACAGAAUAAACAAAUCACUACAUGACCUUGAGAGCUUCAUGCAAGGAGACUGUCUUCUGGAUGACCUGAUACAGUCACUGAAGGACUAUUCAGAUUAUGAAUCUCUAGUAGAAAUGAUUUCCAGAAAAGACUAAGCUUCUUUGUAAAGAUAUAUGUUUUUAAUAUACACUGGGAAAAUUCUAGUGCAGAUCUCUUGUGUGUAAAUGCUUCACCAGUAUUCUCUUGAGGAAUGUAAGUUAACAGUUUCUUGGAUAAUUCUCUAUAAAAAAUUAGACACGUAGACAGUUGUUUUUGUGCAAAAUAUUUAAUCAGGAAUUUGAAAUACAAAGCAGAUAUGCUUGUGUUAAUAUGAUGGAAGGAAACAGAAGCUAAUAGUGGAGUUAAAAAGUGAUACUGUCAAGCACACUAGGACUGAUAGGCAUAGCAUACACAGAGUCCUAAAGAAAGGAAGCACUUACGAGGUGCUCCCUCCCAGCAGUGGAGUCAGGCAUGUUGUAAGGAUAGCCCUCUCAAUCAUGGAAAUGUUCCUGGGUUACCCGGCAGCUGAUAGCCUGGGCCUUGCAAACAGAACCUCAAGCCCGUGGGGCCUGUUAAGCCAAAAGCUUCCUGUCAAAGUGUGAGCUCUACUGAAUAGUAAGCCUUGGUGGGCUCCUAUAUCAGUUCCUCAGAGAAACAACCAAUAGGAUGUGUCUGCACAAAUUCACUAUAAGGAUGGCCCCACAUAGAGUACCAUGUGUCCAAGAUCUACAGUGUGGAGCAGCUGAGUAGAGACCAAGAAGAGUUGAUGGUUCACUUUACUUGGUAGUUUGCUGGGGAAAUCCCUGUUUUGGAGGAGUCUAGGUUUUUUCUACUCAGGCCUUUAGCCCAGUUGGUAAAACAUGUUAGCAUGACUGAUAUUUCACUGAUUUGAGUAUCAGUGAAACCUCCAAACCUUGAGGAGACCCAAAAUAAUGUGUUACCAAAUAUUAGGGUUCUCUAGGGUCACAGAACUUACAGAAUGAAUCUCUCCCCAGCCUCUAAACACACACACACACACACACACACACACACAGUAAGUUCAUCGGAAUGACGGAACACUCUACAGUUCAAUAACCCAACAGUGGCUGUAAUGGGAAUGGAAGUUGCUCGGUCCCACAAGGCUGGGUGCCUCAGCUGGUCUUUGGUAUAUGUGGGAAUCUGAAGAAAUAGGCUCUAGUGCCAGUGAAGGAAUGGAUGCAAUAGCAAGGCCAGGAGAACAGGAGAAGCAGCAAAGAACAAAACCUCCCUUCAUCCAUUGUCCUUACACAGCUUCUAGCAGGUGUGGCCCCAGAUUAGCGGUGUCUUCCCAACUCAGGAUCUGGGUCAAAGGCACGUUGUCUUUUUGCCUCAAGAACCAGAUAACAGGUAUGACCUUCAUUUCUGAAUUUUAGUUCAGAAAUAUAUAGUGAGGUUGACAAUUAACCAUCUCAGUCACAAUACAGGCUAGCCAAGGCUACAGAAUUAACCACUAUGGUACCCAAUAGUAUUCCUUAGAGGCUGUGCAAUGGAAGAGGAGAAAUGAAGCUUCCUGUCUUAUGUUUCUCUACCACCUACGACUUCAAGCUUCACAUGCUACCAGCAAACAAAUGGAUAGAUGUCAGUAGCUUGAAUGUGUCCCCUCUAAAAUCCAGGUGAUACUAUGUCAUAUUAAGUAUAUUUCAUCACAACUAAGGUUUUAAGAGUCCCUUCUGAAAGGACUAAUGUAUGUCAACUGUCAGACAACCAGAAUCACUGCCCAGUUCCAAUAAUGUUUUCAUACAUUCAGUGUCUGAAAUGAAUGAAAAACUUGACAUUUUACUCUUGCACAUAUCAUAUAGCACUUAGACACAAUUCUACUUAAGUAUAUAUCAUUGCGUGAUAAAAUUUAUGAUAAAUACCAACUUCAUUCAAUGUCUAAUAAAUAGUUCCGAUUUCUCUCCUUUCCCCUA